UGCCAACCAAACUGCCCGGCCUGCUGCGAACGAACUCCACUAUCAGCUCCACCACCCAGCACCAUCGCAACCAUUUUUCCACACCACGCGUGCCGCAUGUCCGCAACACUGAUGGAAGGGUAUGCCGCACAUCUACACUCUGCAAACACCUGGAGCGCCGACCUUAAUCGACAAGUCUGCGAGACCGAGUUCGUUUGGACUUGACGAUUUCGUGACGCCUGUCGACUCCGACCUGAUGGAUCGAGAAUGGUACCACGGCCAGGAUUACUAUCCUCAUACCGCCCUGCAUGCGCACUCGAGGCUGUCGCCAGCCGACGACGUGCUCACGUCGGUCGCGUUCCACUACCCGGCGCACACCGACCCCGGCAGCGAGUCUCUGACAGGCCCACUGUACCCUCCACUUGACCGCCCCAUGAACGGUCACGCGUUUCCGCAAUACCAUGACCAUGGUGCGCCACGGGUCGACGACCUAGCGCCCAUUUCUCCCCUGCAGCCACAAUACAACGGCACUGCUUUUCCCACGCCCUAUCCGGAUAGCACUGCGUCGUCCGCGCCCAGCGAGGAUCCCAUCAUUGCCGAUGUCGAAGAGGACAAGCGUAAGCGCAACCAGGCGGCGUCGGCGCGAUUCCGGCAGAAGAAGAAGCAACGUGAGCAGCAGAUGAUGGAGCAGACUCGCGAAAUGCAAGAGAAGAACAAGAGACUAGAAGGAGAGGUGGAAGGACUGAAGCGAGAGAAUACUUUCCUGAAGAAGCUACUGGUGGAGAAGAUCGAUAACAUGAGCCCCGAAGAUAGAGACCUUCUGAAGAGGACCACGGACAACCUGAAGGAGAAGGAUUGAGUAGUGCACGGGGCGGCCUGGCGUUUAUAUAUCGACUACGUUUUUGCGCGAUGAGCCGGGCGGAUACCCACCGGCCGAGAGCCGCCGGCUCCCGACGACCCGAGCGCGACACAUGAUUUGACGAUUCUCCACUCUUCUUCACUACGGCAGCAACGGCGAUGAGGGUGGGUCAUGAUACUUUCACAUUAAACACAACAUGGACUAUGGCAAUAGGGAUAGCUAAUGAUGUCGGUUGGCUCCGAUGUUUCUUUCCUUCAACAAUCUGAUCGUUUCGACUUCUCCUCUUUGUAUGCCCAAGUGCAGCCCACACGCGCCAUAUCAUCCCACGAUCAUCUAUGCGGCGCACACAGAGUUGUACCAGGUCAAGGUAGCUAUCACAUCGUCAGCUCUACGGCUCUAGGAUCGACGACAAAUCUUCAACACGUACCAACAGCAUCGGU